UUGGCCAAAGCCCGACUUCUGGAGGCAUUUCUCCCACCAAUCUCGCUCUUACGCCUCCUUCUUCCUGAUAAUUUUAUAAUAGCCCAACUGACUACUACCUGCGAGUUCUCUGGAAAUACUACAAGAUAAAAUCAGUCCAACUGCUCGACCGACCCGAUGCGUGUGAAAACACUUCAAAUAUUGUGGCACGAUAAGGAACCAAUUUUCUCAGUGGACUUUGAGCCGGGGACCAGUGGGAGAUUAGCGACUGCCGGGGGGGAUCACAACGUUAGGAUAUGGAAGCUAGUAAAAGAAGACGACCAACCGCCUUCAAUAGAGUUUUUAUCCAGUCUUACUCGACACACGGGAGCUGUCAAUUGCGUGAGAUGGUCCCCAAAAGGCGGUGUUCUUGCGUCUGGAGGAGACGAUGGAACCAUAUUGUUAUGGCAGCAAACGGAACGCAAAGAUGGCGGUGAAUUUGGGGAGCAGGACUCUGAGACGAAGGAAACAUGGCGCAUUGGCAGCAUUUUGCGAGGGGCAAGUUCCGACCUGUAUGAUUUAGCCUGGUCGCCCGAUGCAACAUAUAUCAUUUCCGCCUGUACUGACAACACAACGCGAAUCUUUGAUGUGAAAGAACAGAGAUGUAUUCAAGUUCUUACGGAUCAUGGACACUUUGUCCAAGGGGUGGCUUGGGAUCCGUUAGGAAAGUAUGUGGUAACGCAAAGCAGUGAUCGCUCAGUCAACGUUUACACCUAUGAGCACAAGAAGGGGCAACUGACCACUCGUGUGGCUGCACGGCUUACAAAAUACAACCCAAGUAAACUAGCAUCUCGGUCACCAGCGAAAACUGGCGAACUAGAUGCAAACCAAGACACGAUGCGAGGAAACUCAACUGACUCUGGCAAUUCCACCGCAACACCAGCACAGGCAAAACCAUUCCGUAUAUAUCACGACGAAACUCUUACCUCCUUUUUUCGACGACCCACAUUUACCCCGGAUGGAGCCUUGCUAAUUACUCCUUCUGGGGUAUUCCGGGAGCCAGGGGACGGGAAACCUGACUCUUCGGACGCGAAGAAUACUGUAUAUAUUUUUACUCGUGGCAGAAUAACAGGACAACCAGUGGCUCAUUCGCCAGGGCAAAAGAAGCCCUCCGUCGCAGUGAGAUGCAGUCCUGUUCCCUAUCAGUUGCGGACCAUUCCGACAAGAUUGCCUCCCUCGCCUCCAAGGGACACCUGUUUGAGCAAUGACGAAUCCCUGACACCAUCGCUGUUUCGACUUGGGCACCGAUAUGUAUAUGCUGUUGCGUGCCAAGACGCUCUCCUCAUCUAUGAUACGCAACAGGUCGAACCGAUAGCUUACCUUGGAGGGCUACACUAUGCGACAUUGACAGACAUUGCAUGGUCGCCAGAUGGCUGUACAUUGCUCAUGACAUCCACAGAUGGGUUUUGUUCCGUAGUGUCCUUUGAAAAGGGUGAGCUCGGCGUAGAAGCGAUUGUAAAUACGGACUGUCUACAGCAAGUGGAGACGCCGCCCAAAAUCAAGUCACCAGCGAGUCGAAGCCACGUGACUGGUUAUGCGGAGUUUGAAACCCAAGGUUCUGGCGGGAAUACAAGACGAGACGAACAAGCAUUGGAUAUGCCAAACGAAACAAAACAAUCCAAUAGUGCUGGACAAGAACAACAAGGGCCAAUAUCCAAAAAACGCAGGAUCGUACCUACGUUGAUCCAAAAAAACGUGUAGUGGAUACAAGUAAUUCUGACAUCUAUGUGCCACAGAAAUGUAUUUUAAGGAUGGAAAUAAGCGUAAUAAAACCCUCGGCUCUCUUGUAGCCGUUGGGUUCGCCUCCCAGAAA